CUCAGAAUGCAGCCCUCUGGCGGUCAGUUCAGGAAUCUCCAAGUAGCCCAACCCCCUGCGGGAAAGAUAAUGACCGUAUGCACGGGAGCUGUCAUGAGGAAUUUGCUGUGUUUACCCCUAGACCACAGCUACCCCGUAUCAUACCGGACAGUUGGAAGUUGUUCGAGGAUUCCAAAGUGAAGAAGAUCCGAUGCUUCCUUCAGAACACUCCCCGUCCUUUCACAUCGCUGCUUGUCUGCCGAGCGGAACGCUCGCAUUGGCCGUUUCCUGCCGGCGCCCCACUCAUCGAAGAGAAGGCAAGGAAGCGGAAUGGCCGAGAAUAGCUGCGAUAUCAGCGGACAAGACUGCAGAAGGUGUCCGGUUCUAUCUUCACCAGGAGGUAAACCCCCAACGUCUUUCAACGGAACGUCGAAAUGGGUCCGUCUGAAUGUCGGUGGCACGCAUUUCCUAACGACACGACAGACCCUCUGUCGGGAUCCGAAGUCGUUUCUAUACCGACUCUGCCAGGCGGAUCCCGAUCUGGACUCCGAUAAGGAUGACUCUGGGGCAUAUCUGAUUGACAGAGAUCCUGUGUAUUUUGGGCCAGUGCUCAACUACCUGAGACAUGGAAAGUUGGUGCUGAACAGAGACCUUACAGAGGAGGGGGUCCUGGAAGAAGCUGAAUUUUAUAACAUCACAUCGUUAAUAAAACUUAUCAAAGACAAGAUCAGAGAACGAGACACCAAAACCACACAGCUGCCUGUGAAGCAUGUCUACAGGGUGCUACAAUGUCAGGAGGAGGAGCUGACACAGAUGGUCUCCACAAUGUCCGACGGCUGGAAGUUUGAACAGCUUGUCAGUAUAGGUUAUGGGCGGGCCCAGAAGUCAGAGUUUCUGCUGAUUGUGUCUCGGGAGGUGAAAUGGGAGGAGUCUGUUCACCCCGCCCAAAGUGGAGAGCUGGUAAGCAUUGGUUCCUCUUACAACUAUGGCACAGAGGACCAGGCUGAGUUCUUAUGUGUCGUCUCAAAAGAGCUACACAAUCAACCAUAUGGUCCCAACAGCCAACCCAGUGAGAAAGCUAAGAUCUUACAGGAGCGUGGCUCCAGAAUAUGAGCACAGAAGCUUGUCACAACUGAAAAAUGCAAAAACACAUAUCAGCUUCCCCGUAAACAUAUCAGCACACGACGUUAAAAAAAAAAAAAAAAAAAACAC